CAAAGGCGCAAUUAUGGUCGCUCGUAUGACCUCACAUAAGCCAAUAAAAUAAUGUCGACAUACAUGCGCUUAUAGUUUGGUAAUAAGAUCGUAGGAAACACGAUCUUGUGCACUUAAGUAUUGGGAAUUAAAUAUUACGAUAAGACUGAUCAAACGGCCUGAACACUCCCAGUGCUGAUGGACUCUCCUACUAUACACUGGUCUCCAAGAUGUGGGCUCGAAGCACACGGUUGAUGCAGCACCUUGCUCAGGCCUGGUCCAUGGUUGUGAUGCUCUACACAUCCGGUCACAGGAAAGGCUGGAGACACAUCCUCCUCCACUGCUUUGUGUGUUUCACCGUCAGCCUUGCCUUCAAUGCCCUUCUUUUCGUCUGCCUCUACUGUGCUCUGAAGUAUGACCUGGUGGUGUCAGGCAGCAUUGCAGGGGUCUGCGUGGUGGUUGCAACAGCUGCAUUGUUUUUCUCCAAACGCGUUCGCUGCUUCUCGAUUCUAUUUCUGAUCGCGUGUGGCAUGAAGCAAGGAAGGACCCUGCUCAUAACUGCUGGAACUGGCCUGGUGGUCUUCUGGAACUUUCAAAACACAUUGAGAAACCUUACAGAUUUGGCCAGAAGCAUGCUGUGUAACUUAGAGAAAAAGAGGAUCUCCAUCGAGCUCACACCACUCAGUAAUUAUGUUAAAAUGCUGAAAUGGGUUGGGGACCUACUGAAAAGAUUUACAGACUUUGGGGUGGUCAGAUUCACCUCAGAUUUUCAUAUUAGUCCGAAGGCUGAAUCAAAGAACUUAGAGGAGAAACUUGAACAAGCAAAGAGGUCACUCAACAAAACGGCUGAACACAUGCUGGCUGUGAUGAACACUGUGUCAUCUGUGAGUGAGAAGGUGUUCCCUGCGCUGGGUUUUCUUCUCCUCAUAGUCUUCACGGUGCUGUACCUGAAAAGCUACUACUACAAUAGAAAAUAUGAGAACACAUUCAUCACCAGCAGGUUUAUUCAAUACGAUGAGAAGCAGAAGGCUGAGGGGAAGCCUUACGUCCUCCCCUUGACGAAAAAGGAAGCCAAGCGCUACACCACCAUUCCUUCACCUCGCCUGACAGUCAGGGAAGGGGAAGCCAUGAUAAAGUUCUACAUUCCAGUUCUCACCCAUUUGCUUGCCUGGGUUUUCUUUAUUGGUGUGGAUGCCCUUCUCUAUUGGCUUAUUAUGAUCGUCAAAAGGCAUCUACAGGAGAUAGAGCCAUUCCAUGUUCCUAUGAAAAUGAGUGUGAAAACAGACAAAUCCUUCAUUGGCAUCUCUCUUGAAGAGAUGAAGAAAGAGCAAGACUUCUCCUUCUCUGUCAACCUGUUUGAGAAAGAGUGCCUUCCUGAACCCCAACUGCUGCUACAUGAGUCUCUUGUACCGCUGUCCAUCAUCCUUCUCUUCCUGGUUGUCCUGGGCCUCCUGUCUGCCAAACUCCUGCAGCUGAGGCUGCUCAUCUCUGCGCAGUUCUACGGCGAUAACGCAGACGAGAGGGUAGCAUACCUGCACGCCAAGAUCCUCCGGAAGAGGGCGAAGACAAAGCAAAAGGACAGGAGAGAUGUUCUGAAAGCACUUGUGAGAAAGCCCAGCUUCUGGUUUCCAGUGUUUUUCCGCAACAGAAAGGACGAUAAGAUUGAACUAACCUGA